GUAAUGCCUAAUGUAUACUGUAUUUUUCAGCGCUAGGCCUCGUAACUGUUCCUUCAAAGAAGGAGAGACAUUUCUGCAACAUUGAUGUUUGUUUGGCUUUUUACCAGAUAGUAUAUGCUACAUUAUAAAGGAUUUAGAUGCUAUGUUGACCUUAUCACUGAUGUUACAUGCUUAACACUGAAGUAUUAACAUAAACUGUGAACAAAGCCAGCAGAGCAUGACGGUCGCUAUGCGUGGAAAUCCUCCAGGAGGGGGCGAGGCUAGCACUGAUGGUCAGCCUGGGGGUGAUAGUGUACAGAGUUCUAAUCAGACCCCACCAGCUCAGCCUCAGGAGCAGCAGGCCGCUGGUUCUGGUGAAGGUCUCCCAGAGGAGAAUAAUGAACUACCAGAAGGUGAGGAACCUCCGUUUCCUCAUGAUGAACUUGCCCGUCUUGAUGACAUGAUCAACAAACCAAGGUGGGUUGUUCCUGUACUUCCAAAAGGUGAACUGGAGAUCUUGUUAGAUGCUGCUACAGACCUGUGCCGGAGGAACCUAGAUGGACGCAGUGAAGCCUGCCAAAGGUUCUUUCGAGAUGGUCUAACGAUUUCAUUUACAAAGAUCUUGACUGAUGAAGCUGUCAGUGGCUGGAAAUUUGAGAUUCAGCGUUGCAUCAUGAAGAACACGGAGCGUCUAAUCGAACUGUGCGUGGCCAAACUGGCAGAUGAUUGGUUCCCUUUGCUAGACCUCUUGGCUAUAGCCUUGAAUCCAUUAUGCAAGUUUCACAUAUAUAAUGGUAACAGAGCAGCUGACAGUGUUUCUUCAGGUGCUCAGAUGAAUAACAAUGACCUUUAUGCCAGGCCACCGGACUCAAGAACUCCAAAGGGUUGGCUAGUUGACUUGGUAAAUAGAUUUGGAUCAUUAAAAGGAUUUGACACUCUUGCUGAGCGGUUUGACAGUGAUCGCACUCUUAGUGUUUCUGUCAUACAUGCAUACCUCAAACCAUGGGGGCAGUGUUUUGAAAUCUUGACUCCAAACACUAUUCAAAAAUAUUUUAUGGUUAUUGUGGACCGUGUAAUCCAUUUUCUUGAUUUACUAUCUGAUGAAGAACUUAAAAAGGAAUCUAAAAAUGAAGCUAAGAAUGAUGCUCUCUCAUCCAUUAUCAAGUCCCUCAAGAACCUUGUUGCCCGAGUACCAGAUACAGAGGAGAAAAUAAAGACCCUUGAAAUGUUUCGUUUGAAGAUGAUUCUUAGACUACUACAAAUUUCAUCUUUCAAUGGAAAGAUGAAUGCAUUGAAUGAGAUUAACAAGGUGAUAGCCAACGUGUCGUAUUACACUCACAAACACAGCACAGUGGAAGAGGAAGAGUGGUUGACUGCAGAACGAGUGGCUGAGUGGAUACAAGAAAAUAAGGUUCUGUCAAUAGUACUACGUGAUAGUCUUCAUCAACCGCAAUACGUGGAGAAGCUCGAGAAGAUCCUUCGCUUUGUCAUCAAGGAGAAGACAUUGACCCUUGAAGACCUCGACAAUAUAUGGGCCGCGCAGGUGGGAAAACAUGAAGCUAUUGUGAAGAAUGUACAUGAUCUUUUAGCUAAGCUUGCAUGGGACUUCUCACCUGAGCAACUUGACCACCUGUUUAUAUGCUUCCAGGAAAGCUGGGCUAACGCAACCACUAAGCAACGUGAGAAGCUACUAGAGUUGAUUCGUCGCUUGGCUGAGGACGACAAAGAUGGCGUAAUGGCUCACAAGGUGCUAGGCCUGCUGUGGAACCUAGCUCACCAGGAAGACGUACCCACAGACAUAAUGGAUCAAGCCCUCAACGCUCACAUUAAGAUUCUUGAUUAUAGCUGUUCUCAGGAUCGAGAUGCUCAGAAAAUACGAUGGAUUGACCGGUUUGUUGAUGAGUUGAAAAACGACAAAUGGGUUUUACCUGCACUCAAGCAAAUUAAGGAAAUAUGUUGCUUAUUUGGAGAGGCUCCUCAGAAUCAUAGUCACUCUCAGCGAAGUCCUCACAUGCAGUAUCGACAUGACAUCAUCAGUAUGCUGCAAACAAAACAUUCAUUAGUCACCAUUGUUGCGGAGAAUCUAUCACAGUACAUGAACUCAGCAAGACAAAUGGCAGCAGGGAACCCUGGCCUUGAUCCACAUAGUUUGCUUCCCGGCGACCGAUACAGCCACGUACAACAGGUUCAAGAAAGACUGCAUUUCUUACGUUUCUUACUAAAAGAUGGUCAGUUGUGGUUAUGUGCUCCACAGGCUAAACAGAUUUGGACUUGCCUUGCUGAAAAUUCGGUAUAUGUAACAGAUAGAGAAGCUUGUUUUAAAUGGUUUUCUAAGCUGAUGGGAGAAGACCCUGACCUGGAUCCGGAAAUCAACAAGGAAUUUUUUGAGAGUAAUAUUUUACGUCUUGAUCCUGGACUACUGACGGAAAAUGGAAUAAAGUGUUUUGACAGGUUUUUCAAAGCAGUAAAUACAAAGGAGGGCAAGUUAACCCCUAAGCGACGUGCUUACCUUAUCGAGGACUUGGAGCUGAUUGGUCAACAGUACUUGUGGCGGGUGGUGUUAUUUGGAAGCGAUGAGGUAGCUAACAAGGCUAUUGAAUUGCUGAAGGAAACUUAUACAAAUCUCGGACCUAAACUUCAGAGCAGUCAGGUUGACAUCCAUGAAGACUUCAUCCAAUCAUGUAUGGAUCGAUUACGAGCAAUGUUUGACACGGUACAAGUUUUAAAAAAAGACACGGAAGAGAAAAAGAUACAACAAGAAACGAUGCGCAUGACUCGUGUUCUGACUGUACUAAGGGAAUAUAUCAAUGAGUAUGAUCAAGACCACUCAGAGGAAAGGGCAAUAUUGCCAAUGUCCAGGAAUGGUCAAUCAAAAGGCAAAUUUCCAACACAUUGAGCUACUCGCUCAAAUUCUAAUAUGGGUUGUAACCUUGGAAAUCAAUGGUACUUGAAAUUGGAUGUCCCUAUACCUGGGAGCUAUAUUUUUUUAAUAAUAUAUACUUCCUGGUACAGUACUUUUCCU